UAUAUUACCAGUAUUUUUUUUGUUUGAAGAAGUCGUGUUGCAAUCAUCUCAAAAUGUCUUUGUUGACCCAAAUUACAAUAUUGUGUUUGUGUUUAGCUCUGUACAAUGCUGAAGACUUGCAAUUAGGGUCUGGUGUUAAUGCUCAACUAGGAUACCAGGAGAUUGUCAAACUAGGAUCUGUACCUUUGACUGUGAGGACCAAGAAUGUGUUCUAUAACUCUAAUAACACUAAGACCAUUAAGAGCAUAUCAGCAGUUGACAUUGACAAGUCGAAGGCUGUACCAACAAUCACAGCUGGUGGUAUCGGCUCAUCCUUUGUCAAUGUGCGGCUGAAGAGUGAGAAGGGAAAGGCCCUCAACUACCUGGUCCAGAUAUUUGUGUGAUUGCAAACAUAUUGACAUUGUACUUUAUCUUAUCAUAUUUGACUUUGACAUGUAUUAAAAGGUGUGAUAUUAUGUAAAAAAAUAUGUUUGUUUUUGUCUAAAAAAAUCUGUUUGAUCGGCA